AAUCUCAAUUUUGCUUUCCACCAACUCUUGUUCGUUUCAUACACUUACAUGCAUUACAAUAUUGUAUCAUCUUCUUUCGUCAAUUCCACAACGUAAUAUGCAGGGUUUCAGUAGGUUUUCAUGGGGUUUGUCAUUGUUGAUAUGUCUUCUACCAACGUUCAACAACUUAGGCGGAAGAGAUGGAGGAGUCAUAGCCUUCCACACGCAUGAUCAUCAUAAUCAUCAUCAUAAUCAUCACCAUAAUCAUCAUCAUAAACACACUCAUACUCACGACACUGUUAAGGUAAAAGAGACAUACAGAACUGGGUAUCAUUUCCAACCCAAGAAAAAUUGGAUGAAUGAUCCCAAUGCACCCAUGUACUACAAAGGACUCUAUCAUUUGUUCUACCAAUACAAUCCUAAAGGUGCUGUGUGGGGUAACAUUGUGUGGGCCCAUUCAGUAUCAAAAGAUAUGGUCAACUGGAUUCAUCUUGAACACGCAAUCGUUCCAUCGAAACCAUUUGACAAAUACGGAUGUUGGUCAGGAUCCGCUACAAUCUUGCCAGGUAAUAAACCUGUCAUCUUCUACACAGGAAUAGUUGACCCAAAACCCGCACCGGGUCACCAAGUCCAAGUGUAUGCCAUACCCGCAAACUAUUCGGAUCCAUAUCUACGAAAAUGGAUCAAACCCGCUGACAACCCUUUCCUCAAGCCAACAAGUGAGAACAUUUCAGCUUGGCGUGACCCCACAACUGCAUGGUUCAACAACGGUCAUUGGAAGAUCAUCGUUGGUAGUAGACACAACCAUCGAGGCAUUGCUUAUUUGUAUAGAAGUCGGGAUUUUGUUACAUGGGUCAAGGCUAAACACCCGUUUCACUCUAAAACGGAUACGGGUAUGUGGGAAUGUCCUGACUUUUAUCCAGUGUCAUCUCAAGGAACAAAUGGAUUGGAUACUUCAGCUUUGGGUAAAAAUGUGAAAUAUGUGUUUAAGAAUAGCCUUGAAGUGACUAGAUGUGAAUACUACACCAUUGGUAGAUACGACCUUGAUAUGGAUAGAUAUAUACCAGAUAACACAUCUAUUGAUGGUUGGGCUGGAUUAAGAUAUGAUUAUGGAAACUUUUAUGCAUCUAAGUCGUUUUAUGAUCCGAGCAAGAAAAGGAGGAUUGUAUGGGGUUGGGCUAAUGAGUCGAGCACUAGCACUGAAGAUAUAUCAAAAGGAUGGGCUGGAAUUCAGUUAAUUCCACGAAAGGUUUGGUUGGAUGAGAGUGGACAUAGAUUGCUACAAUGGCCAAUCAAGGAAUUGGAAAAACUGAGGCAUCAAAAGGUAGAGAUGAGAAACGUGAAAGUUCACAAAGGUGAUACCAUUGAAGUCGAAGGAAUCACUGCAAUCCAGGCGGAUGUGGAUGUUACUUUUACGUUUAAGAAUUUGGAAAAGGCUGAGAUGUACGAUGAAAAAUGGAGGAAAUUUCCACAACAUGAUCUUGGUAAAAGUAUUUGUGGGGUUAGAAGUGCGAUUGUACAUGGUGGAGUUGGGCCAUUUGGCUUAAUGACACUAGCUUCAGAAAACCUUGAAGAAUACACUCCUGUAUUCUUUAGAAUCUUCAAAACUAAAGACAAAAAGUAUAAAGCUCUCAUGUGCUCUGAUGCAACUACUUCCUCCUUGAAUGAGAAGGAGUACAAGCCAUCAUUUGGAGGCUUUGUGGAUGUUGACUUAACCAAAAAGAAGCUUUCUCUUAGAAGUUUGAUUGAUCAUUCUGUCGUGGAAAGCUUUGCAGAGGGAGGAAAGACAGUGAUCACAUCAAGAGUUUAUCCGAUGAUAGCGACUUCAUGUAAUACACGUUUGUAUGUAUUUAAUAAUGGGCAUGAGACUAUCACAGUGGAAAAACUUCAUGCUUGGUCUAUGAAGACGGCUCACAUUAAAUAGAAUUACCCAUUUUUAGGAUAGUUGGUAAUAAAAAAUGGAAGGUAGUUAUUAUUGUUUUGUUUUUACUUUUAUUAGUAUGGUACUAGUUUAAUUCUAGUUAAGUUCAUUACUAUAUAUUUAUUGAGGACCUUAGUUUCAGUUGUUUAUGCCGAUGACAAGUAGAAUGAAGAUUGGGGAAAUCCUUUUGUAUAAAUAUAUAUAUUUUUGAAUGACUGCAUUUUUAUUAAGAGACUAGCAAGUUGCUAGUUUGAAAACAAACAAACAAACAAACAAACUGUUAUUAAGAAAUGGAUAAAAUUGUGUUGUAAAUUGUACCUUGAACACGUAUAUAAACACCAUGAGGAUAUAGAUGUGUCUUUGGCCCAUGUUUGGAGGGGCUCGAUGAAGAUGGCCGUCCUUUUUUUUUAAAUGCAGUCAUCGGUUGUUUGUAAGUGGUCUCCCAAACUGCCCUCCAUGGAUACCCGUGACACCAUCAAAACAUGAAUUAUACCUCAAAAAUAAUAAAUGACAACUAAGGUUUUGGUUGUUUUUUCGAAACCAAAACGUCUGCAAUCUGCGGACCACAUCUGCAACCCUCUGCAACAGAAGAGGUAGACCAAACAUCUACAGUCUGUAAUAAGAAAUUUGUUUGUUUUUAAUAUCUGCAGGCUGAAAAAACAUACCAAAACAUAAUCUGAUUUCUGAUUACCAAACAAACAUACCAAAUCAUAAUCUGAUUUCUGACUACGAAAGCUUUAAAAUUCUGAUUUAUGAUUUCUUAACUCAUUACCAAUGCAAAAAAAAUUCUGAUUUCUGAUAUCUUAAGUCAGUAUCGGCAAUGAUAAUCUGAUUUUUAGCAUAAACAAACAAUCAUCUAACUUCAAACAAACAUCAAACAUCCCAUAGCAUAAUUUGAUUUCCAAAAAAAAGAUCUUGAAAACAUCCCAGAAUAAUCAAAUUAGCAUAAAAAAACAUGAAA